GUCUUGAUGUAUCAUUACAUAAAGUACGCUUUGUGUCUCUUAGCCGAUAAGACCAGCUUUUCACCAAGUAACAAAUUUUCCGAGAGAAAAAAAUAAUGGGGAAAUUUUUCUUUGUUGUGGCUGUUCUUAUAACCCUGAUGUGUGAUCAUGAAACAUUGGCGCACUCUGAGACACCCAUGGAAAUUGGCAAAUUUUUUCAAAAGAUUUUUGAAGCGUCUUUGAACCAAAUCCAGAAAAAAGACUUGGCAAUUAUAGAAUCAGCAACUCAUGAGUUGAUGAAGCAAAGCGAUGAAAGCAGAAAUUUAACACUGCAGGCGUUCGAAGGACUGAAGAGAAUUGAGGAAAAACUUGACGAGGGAAAUAAAUUGGAUCAUCAGAGGGAUGAGAAACUAAAGGGUGAUUUGAGUCGUUACUCAAAUUUACAAAAUGAGUGGUUUACAGCAGGGAAUAAGGCAUUAGAGGGAAUUGGUGAAAAGUUAAACAAAAUAGACAAAUCGCUAGAAAUUGUGAGAUCAGAAAGCGAAGAUAAUGGACUGAAGUUGAAGAGAGCUAUACUGAAGCAGGAACUAUUAUGCUCCAAGUUUUAUGCAUUUUACAAAGUGACAAAUAUUAUUACUAUCGGAAAGAAGAAAUACUUUUUCAAACCUAGUAGCGGCGUUAGACUUUCCUGGGCCGAUGUAAAAAAAUACUGUGAGGAGAGGAGAGGCAGCAUGGUUACGAUAGAAUCCAAGAGUGAAUUGGUUUCUUUGUCAGAUUUUUUACGCACUACAUUCACACAGUAUGGUGCCUGGCUUGCUGCUGAAAGCAUUGGGAACCAAGCUGGAAGUUAUGUGUGGCCAAACGGAAAGGUCAUUGAAGAAGGCCAUGAAUGGUGGGGCUCUGGUCAUCCCAAAUUGGAAAAAAUCAAUCAAAAGCACUGCGUUGGGUUGCAGAGAAAUCAAAGUCUUUUUCACGACACUUGCUCACGAACAACAAAUGUUAUUUGUGAAUUGACUUCAGAAUGUCAAUUGGACUAACGAUAACAUAAAAUGUAAAUCUGUUAACGAGUAAAUUUUUAGAGCUAGUAAUGGAAAUAUAUGAACUUGUAAUUUCUAUUUGGGAAAUAAAAAAUAUUUACUAGCUUUUAUCUUUCAAA